AUGGCCUAAAGAGAGGGUUCACCCAAGACACCUUUUUCAGCGACUAUGCUGUAAAGAUUAGUUCUUUAAUAGAAUCUUAUGUUUGGAAAUAAGUAUCAGGCACUUUCGCCAAAAGCCUAACAAUAAAAAGAAACGGAAUUCCCUCAUAUGCCCAAUAUAAAUUAGAAACAAGUGAAUUAUCUCUUACAAAAAAAGAAAGAAUCAUUGGCAUUUACUUCAAAGAGUGGACUUAAUUCGCCUACUUCACCUAAAGUUCAUUUGCAUUAAGAAUUCGAGUAAAUGACAACUGAUUAAAGAGUUUAAACAGCUAGAGAAUAUUACAAUCUGAUUGAAAAAGAGCCCAUAUUUCAAUCUAAGUCUAGACUAAAACCUGUUACCUCUGAGUCUAUGUUCCGUGAAGCCAUUCCUGAAUUUAAAUUCUAACCAGGUGAUAGCCAAUUCCUCUCUAAAUUAAAAUUUAAUAAGACCCCUUUCAGUAAAUUUGAGAGUGCUAGGAACUCAUAAGCUUCAUUAAAUAUUGACUUAGUUUAAGCUGGCUACUUGACUUAACGAAACGGAAGUUAAUCCAAUGAAUUUUAAACUUUCACUCCAAGAAUAGGGGCUUAAACUUCAGGUAUGAACAGUAGCAACUUAAAUCAGGUAUAAGAGAAAUAAACUACUGAGAGAAACAGUAAAUUCACAGAUAAUACCUUUGCUAAUCAUGGCUAUUACAAACUUUGGAGAGAUGGGAGUCUAGAUCAGGCUACUAGAGCAAAAGUUAUUGAAAAACUCAGGUAAACUAAAUAAGAGAAUGACAGAGAGAAAAGAGAGAUUAGAAAUAGAAAUAGAUCUGAAAAAGCACUUCGAAUAAAGAUGAUGAUGAGCUAGCUUGACAUUAGACAAAAAGAUUUAAAUAAAGAACUAAAGUUCCAUCACUUACCUAUAAAUUAAAUAGCAAAUGAACUAAAAGAUAUUUCAACUAUGAAAAGCUUUAUCAAAUCAGUGAUAAAAAUAUAAGCCCUAGCUAGAAUGGUGAUUAAUAGAGCCAGAUAUAGGAAGAUUAAUAGUUAUUACCAUUAAAAGGUUAGAUAUUUAUAAGGAUUUUUUAGAGCAAGAUAUUAAUACAAAUACUUCAGAGCUAAAUUCAUUAUGAAGAGAGAAAAAGCUAUACGGGUGAUAUAGAAGUAUGUUAGAGGGUUCAUAGUAAGAAUUAAAAAUCUGAUUGAAAAUAGAAGAUUGUAAAAGUUUAAGCAAAAUCUUGACUUUCUAGAGGAAAUGAAUCGUAAGUAAAGAGAAAUUUAGUAAAAGGAACUUUAAGAUGAACAAGAGCGACUUAGACUUUUGAAAUAGUAAGAAGAUCAUUAAAAGCAACUUUUGGAAGUAGAAGCAGCAUAGAGAUUGAUUAAAAAAGACUCACUUAAUCCUGCAAGUCCAAGAUACAGUCGUCACAAAUCAACCUCAGCAAACUAGAAAAAAUAAGGUGCCCGAUAGUCAGCGACACUUUAGCCUAUUAACAUGAAGAAAUUUAGAGCCGAUGUUCAAUCAAUGAUUGUAAGUGAUAACUUGAUUGAGAAACUGGACUUGUCUAGCAACAAUUAAACUCUAAACAAUAAUUAAGACAACUCAAAGGAAAGCCCGGGAUCUAGAGGUAAUGAUGACAAAAUUGAAGAGGAGCCAAUAGACGCUGAAAGCUAAGAUUCUAAUUAAAACUAGGGUUCUGGAUCAAACUAACCUAAAGAGAUUAUUCAACCGCCAGAUCUAUUUGUUAAGCAUGAUCAAUCAGAUAACCAUCAGUUAGAUAUUUACGAUAUAAAGAGAUAUGAAUCCUUAGAAAAUGUUCCAAACUAUAUGAGAGCAACUUCAAGUCUUAAAUGUAAAGAAAUGGAUUUAGACUAUGAGAAGAUUCAUGAGUUGAAAAAGAGGACUAAGAUCACUAAUAAUAUGAUGAGUAAAUAAGAAAUUGAGUAAGUAAUUGAUCUUGCUCAAGAAUAGUAUCAGGUUUGUGCUAUCUCGUCAAAAUCUCAAAGCAGGGGGUAGUCUAAGCAAUCUCGAUUCAACUCGAAUAAUUACUAGAGUAGAAAUUCAUCUUCAUAAAUUCAAAAAAGAGAUACAAGUGAAUAAGAUAAGAUUGGAGGAUGUAGUAAGGACUUGAUUUCUUCUAUUAAAGAAGAUUUUUUGGCAACAUCUAAGGAACUUAAACUUAUUUUAAAAUAAUAGAGUGAUGAAAAUAAUAAAAAUGACAUUAUAAGAGUAGGCACAUAAAGAGAGGCGUCAGAGUUAUCAUCAGAGAAAGAAGGCUUCGAUUAAAAUGAAUUCCUUGAAAAUUCAGCUUACGGAUAAAAGCCUGCUCCAAACAGCAUCACUAAUGAUCUUAAGAUUAAUAAGUAGUCCAAAAGUGAAGACAAAUAAAUAUAGAAAAGAUAGCCCAGAAAAAAAUUGAAUAAUAAUAAGAACCAUAAAGUCGAUGAGUAUGUUCAGACUAAUAAUAACGAUUAAGAAUUCGAGGUAAUAUCUUCUCCAAAGUUUGAUAGUAUUAGCCAAAAGAAAGUUUAGAAGGAUAGCAAGGAAAUAUAAGUAGAGAUAAUCAAAUCCAAAUAUUAGUACCUAAGCUCUUCAAAACUCAUAGUUUUACCUAACUAAGGAUAAGAUUAUAACUAAGAUGUGAUAGAUUUUACAACUCUAACUCGAGGACUAAGAAAAAAAUAUUUAAGAUCAAACUUAGUGUAUGAUAAAUUUGUUUCUAGUACAGUCAAAUAUGAAAAAGACCCAUUAAGAUUCAAAUGUCAAAUUGUCCAUAACAAUGAGCCUUUCAUAAGCGAGACUCCUUCUGAUAUUUUAGCUUAAAAUUUCUUCACUCCAAAUGAGCUAUUUUAUGUAUAUAAUCAUGGUCCAGUUCCUAGAUUAGUGGAGGAGGAAUUCUCACUAUAUGUUCUAGGUUAAGUGCAUAGACCAUUAAGAUUAACUCUAGAAGCUCUUAAAGUAAGAUUCCCAAAGGCCCAUAUCUCUGCAACAUUAAAAUGUGCAGCAAAUAGAAAGAAAGAAUUUGAUUAAGUUAAAUUUAUUGAGUAAGGAACUUAAGGCAAUAACAAAUUUGGAGUUGGAGGAGUAGGAACUGCUCUCUGGGGUGGAUUAAGACUUAGAGAUGUACUUUAAAUGGCUUAAAUAGAUUAAAAGAAAGCACUCUUCAUAGAGUUUUAUGGAGAAGAUAUUAUUCAUGGAACGGAUAGCUAAAACUACUCAAUUGCAUUACCAUAUAAAGUAUGUAUGUCUAAAAAAUCAGAUAUCUUAUUGGCAUACGAAAUGAAUGGAGAAAUUCUCCCAAAGGAUCAUGGAUAUCCUUUAAGACUUAUAUGCCCAGGAAUGAUCGGAGCUAAGAGUGUGAAAUGGCUUUCAAGAAUUAUGGUUUUAGAUUCAGAGAGUCCAAGCAGGUUCUAACAACAAGAGUAUAAACUAUAUCCAAGUAAUAUAACAUCACAGACUAUGUGCAAUGUUUGGUAGAAUACUCCUUAAUUGAUGCACUUGAAUAUUGAUUGUAUAUUUACCAAUCUGUAGGAUGGUGAUGUAGUUCCAUCGAAUCAAAGAUUUGUUAUUUAAGGAUUUGCUAUUGCAGGUCAAGGCAACUUAAUAUCAAGAGUUGAGAUUACUUUUGAUCAAGGAAAGACUUGGGAUAUCUGUAAAAUUACUAACACUAAGAGUAAAAAGUCUGUUGAACUAGAUGAAUCUUAGAUGAAAUGGGAAUGGACUACAUGGGAGUAUGUUCUUGAACAUGGUCUUAAACAGGAAUCUUGGGUAAUGGUCAGAGCAUUUGAUGAAUGCUUUAAUACUUAGCCAGAGAUAAUUGACAUGCUUUGGAAUUUCAAGGGAUAUAUGAAUAACUCAAUUCAGAAGCUCAAGAUUUAUCCUUAGAUUUUGCCUCCCAUCCAAGUUAUUAGAGAAAGAAUGCUUUAGGAUUGA